GCGUACGCGUCAGGUCACAUGAUCGUGAGAGGCGGAAGCCAUGUUGAAUGGCCGCCAGUGGGAGAGCCACUGUGGCCUGUGAUAAAGUAUUCUAUCUCGCAGAUAUUUAGUGUGGUGCACAAGUUGAAGAACCAGUAAACAUUUGCCGUCAUGGCGCUGAAAAAGGUCAAGGGAACGUUGGAGAGAGUACUAGACAAGAAUUUACAGGAUCUUGUCCGGGGCAUUCGAAACCACAAGGAAAAUGAGGCAAAGUACAUAGCUGAAUGUAUUGAUGAGAUAAAGCAAGAACUGAAACAGGAGAACCUUGCCAUCAAAGCAAAUGCUGUCAACAAACUGGCUUAUCUCCAAAUGCUUGGGUAUGACAUUAGCUGGGCUGCUUUCAACAUUAUAGAAGUGAUGAGUUCGACAAAGUUUACAUUUAAGCGAGUAGGUUACUUGGCAGCUUCACAAUGCUUUCAUGAAGGGACAGAUGUCUUGAUGCUGACAACAAACAUGAUUCGAAAGGAUAUGAGCAGUGUCAACAUGUAUGAUGCAGGCGUGUCUUUGAGUGGGCUUAGCUGUUUCAUCACAACUGACCUGGCCCGCGAUCUUGCUAAUGACAUCAUGACACUGAUGACAUCUUCCAAACCAUACUUGCGAAAGAAGGCAGUGCUGAUUCUGUAUAAAGUGUUUUUACAAUUUCCUGAAGCACUAAGGCCAGCAUUUCCUCGCUUGAAAGAAAAGCUGGAAGAUCCUGAUCCAGGUGUGCAGUCAGCUGCUGUUAAUGUCAUCUGUGAGUUGGCGCGCAAAAACCCAAAGAACUACCUGUCUCUAGCACCACUGUUUUUCAAACUGAUGACCACUUCCACAAACAACUGGGUCCUCAUCAAGAUCAUCAAGCUGUUUGGUGCAUUAACACCUCUUGAACCCAGGCUAGGAAAGAAGUUGAUUGAGCCUCUCACCAAUCUGAUUCAUAGUACCUCGGCCAUGUCACUUCUUUAUGAGUGCAUCAACACAGUUAUAGCAGUACUCGUUUCUAUAUCUUCAGGCAUUCCCAACCACUCCGCCUCUAUACAGCUCUGUGUACAGAAACUAAGAAUUCUCAUUGAAGAUUCAGACCAGAACUUGAAGUACUUAGGCCUGCUUGCAAUGUCUCGGAUUCUGGCCACGCACCCAAAGUCUGUUCAGGCCCACAAAGACCUCAUCCUGCAGUGUCUGGAUGAUAAGGACGAGUCUAUCCGCCUACGGGCCCUGGACCUUCUCUAUGGAAUGGUGACUAAGAAGAACCUCAUGGAGAUUGUCAAGAAGCUGAUGGUGCACAUGGACAAGGCUGAGGGCUCUCACUAUCGUGAUGAGCUUCUCUCCAAAAUUGUACAGAUCUGUUCUCAGUCCAAUUACCAGUUUGUGACCAACUUUGAAUGGUAUGUCAGCAUCUUAGUAGAACUGACCCGCAUGGAAGGCACCCGUCAUGGUGCUCUCAUUGCAGCACAGAUGUUGGAUGUAGCCAUUCGUGUGCAGGCCAUUCGUCAUUUUGCUGUUUCUCAGAUGGCAAUACUUCUGGAGAACUCCCAUCUUCUAGCCAACAACUCACAACGUAAUGGGAUUUGUGAAGUGUUGUAUGCAGCUGCAUGGAUCUGUGGUGAAUUUUCAGAGCACCUGAAGGAGCCCCAGCAGACCCUGGAGGCCAUGCUGCGGCCCAAGCUGACUACAUUGCCUGGCCACAUCCAAAGCAUCUAUGUUCACAACCUGCUGAAGUUGUACUGCAAGGUCCUCCGGCGCCUGGAGGAUGAAGACAACAAUGAUGCUAUUGCUCAGGUGCACACAACACUGCAGGAGAAGCUCCCAGUCUUUGUUCAGAGUGGAGACCUUGAAGUGCAAGAGAGGGCAUGCAGCAUGCUGGCCCUAGUCAAGUAUGUCAUCAAGAUACGUGAGAAAGGUGUCAGCAUUGGUGACGAAUUGACAGCGCUGUAUGCAGGGGAGCUUAAUCCUGUGGCUGCAAAGGCGCAGCGUAAAGUUCCUGUCCCUGAAGGUCUUGACCUGGACACCUGGAUCAAUGAGCCAGAGUCUGAUAGCUCGGACAGCGAGACAGGACAAGUUGGCUUCUUUGCUGCGACAGAAGAACACAGGACAGGAUACCAGCUAGAGAACAGCAAGAGGAUGCCAGAGCCAACACCAGAAGAACUAGAGAAGCAGCGGGAGGCACGACGCUACGAGGUGGAGCACAAUCCUCACUACUUAAAAGACGAAAGCAGCAGCAAGAAAAAGAAACAGCUUGGCCCAGAUAUUAACGGCAUUCCUGUCACUGCCAUUGACCUCUCGGUCCCCCUUCAUGUCCCAGGUCUUUCCUCAUCAGAUAAAUACUUAAAGUUAGAGCGACAAAAGACGGAGGGCAAAGGUCGGAAGGAUGGCAAGAUUCAUAAAAAGGGCAAGAAGAAGCGGCGGAAGGGCAAAGAGGCUGAAUCUGAGGAAGAAGAGAUUGAGCCUGCACAUGCUGUUAGCACCGUGUUGGAUGCCCCCGAGGGUGUGGAGAUUUCAUCUGAUAAAGAGGAAGAGGCUGAUGGUGAUCCCUACAAAAUGCUGGAUGUCAACCUUGAUGCGCCUCUUCGUGAUGAUGAGAUUCUGCCAGUCAGGACUCAUCGGAUUGUUGUGGAAACAGCAAAUGCCAGUAAUGAGCAAGAUUCCAGGAAAGGGACUGAAACUGAGAAACCAAAGAAAAAACACAAGAAGGAGAAAGAGCGAGAGAAGAAAGACAAAAAAGAAAAGAAAGGAAAGAAAAAGACACGCAGCAAGUCAGAGCCACACCAAGUUCCCAGUCUUCUUCUAGCCAAUGGGGGAGGUGGCACUGAAGUUGAUGAGCCCCUUACUUCUAGUGAGCCACAGGCAGAACCAGACACAAAGCCAAUUGAAGAUGGUCAAGAAGAGAAACAAGACCUCGAUUUCUGGCUUUCGGCUACCGACGGUGCACCUUCACCUUCCUUAAUGAGUAAACCCUCACCCAGUGAGGCUGGCAGACAAGCAGAACCAGAUGGCAGCACUAAAAGUAGCAAGACCUUGGUGACUGUCAAACCUUCUGAUGUAAUACUUACGUCAGAAGAAGAGGAUGCUGCCAUCAGGGACAUGGAUGAGAAACCUAAAAAGAAGAAAAAAGGAAAGAAAGAGAAGAAAGAAAAGAAAGAAAAAAAGAAAUUGAAAGAGAAACGAAGUGAGUACAUUGAGGCUGAGGGCAUCACUACACCGUCCAAAGAAAACUUGCCUCCUUCCCAGCAACCAACUCCCAUGGAGGCUCAGUUGCCUCCCAUGUCAAGUUAUAAGCUGCUAGCAGAAAAUACCUCAGUGAAAAUGACGUAUGAAGUUCGCAUAAACCAUCAGCGCAGUAAUCAAGUAGUGGUGUCCAUUGUCUUUGUCAACCUGACAUCUCACACUGUCAAAGAUAUAGAGUUCAACAUUCUCGACUCACUCAAUACCAGGCUUAUUCGAGGGUUGGGCCAAAGCCACCAUGAUGCAGUCAAGGUUCCCUUCACUCUUCCCCCUGCUACACAGAACGAAGGUCAGUUUGCCUUCACUGUUGACUCUAUUGUGGUACCUCAGAAGAUGCGUGGGACUCUCACCUACAUUGUAAAGACUUCAGACAGCUCCACACAGGAGAAAGUAGACUUCCGCAUCAAUUUGCCAUGUAGUGCCUAUCUCCUCAAUUCACCUUGUAAAAGUGAUGACUUUGCAGCAUUACUGGGCAGUGGAGAACUGUCAGCCAAGAGCUCCAUCAAAGUGCCACUUGAAGGUUUGGCAUUCAGCCUGGUGUUAGCACACCUGACUUUCUUCUUGCAUUUUAGAGUGGUGGAACAAAUAGCUGACAGUGCUUCCUUGUUCAGUCGGUCAAUUCAGGGACACCCGGUCUGUCUGCUGGUCAAGUUGGUUGGUGGGGACUUGGCUGUUGAUGGCAAGAGCAGUGAUGAUGGCCUUCUUUCACACAUCUUGGAUGAUGUUAAAGUAGUCAUCAGUGAGGCCAGUGCCUCGCGCUCUUAAUUCUGGUUUUAUGCUGACUAGCACAGACAUCAACCAUUGAUCAGGCAGGCACAGUGUGAUACUUAAUUAGACGGUAAAGGACAUGGGACUGUUUUGUUUACAGGAAAAUGGCACUGUAACACCAGAGAAACUUGUCAGUGAGUGCCCAUAGUGGCAAAAAAGGAUUUAAUUUGCAUGAAAUGACAAGAAGUUUUCUAGGGAAUAAAAUCUUCGGCCACUUGAGUACAAAUGUCAUGAAACAGACUUGUUUGCACAGACAUGAUGCUUGCUUUAAGCCUGGCUAAUUAGUGUGCCUUUGGCAUCUGGGCACCACAUGUUACAUGUUGGUGAUUUUGUUUUUGUUUUGAAAACUCCGGACAUGGAGAAUUUGUGAUUUGCAAAUUUAUGUAGAUAUUAUAUUGGAAGGUGAACAGUUUUCAGCAUAUUUGAAAGACUGACCAGGUCAUGUGUAUCAUCACAUCAAUAGCCUUGAAAUGGAGUAAAACAUUCUUUUUCAAGGAUUCAGAAAAAUGAAUUUGCCAUCUUAAGCAGGCUUCCUUCUUCCUCUCCACCACAAGCAGAUUUGAUUGUGCCAGUUACUUUCCCCAGCCCUCCUGCCCACAGUGCUACUCUACAUAGAUUCCUUCACUGUGGCUGCUCCAUCUGGGUUUCCAGUGAUUUGUUUCCUUGGGUACGUGGUGCAAUUAUGGUCAUAAUUUUGUUCAUCAUCUGAAGUAUUUUCGAUCUAAUGUGAUAUUGCAGAGUAUCCUUUGAAAAUGGGUGCCCUUUAAAAGAAACUUGAAUUUUGAUGGAAUGGGCAUUCAAGCAUGUGCCUGCAUGUGGUUAUGUAUCUGCAUGCAGUUAAGUGGGUAGAUGUGUGUGCACAUGUGAAUGUAUUACAGAAUAUCAGUAAUUUAGGGUUUUGGGUUACACAUGCAUGUCUUGUAUUUCACAAUGUUGAAUAUUGCAGUGUUGGGUAUUGUCAAACAGUGGGAGAGAAGAAACAUGAUAGAUUGAAGUCCUGUAGCUUUGAAAGUGUAGUUUUUAGCACUCAAGCCUUUCCUUUGUGGAGGGCGGUGCUUGUGAUAAGCCAACAUUCCAUUGAAAGGGUGAUUGGAAAAAGUCUGGGUAUAGAAAACAACACUUGGGACCAGGCUGACAAACCUUGUCAGAUGCAGGGGCAGUACAGAUGCCUGUGGGGGCUACAACUUACUGCUUUGGUGAUGACAUCACACUUUUAGGAGUUUGUAGAUUUCAGAUUUUUGGUUUAGUCUUGUUUGUUUCCUGGCUAGAAGCAAUAAUCUGAUUUUUUCUAUCUUGUUCUGAGUGGGUGUUAAUGUAUUAUAGAUGAAGCAUCACUUUCUUGAUAAUGGAUUCUCUUCUUGUAGAAGGUAUUCAGUUCUUUUAAUUUUAUAUUUGCCAGAACAGCUUAGACUUUAGUUUUCAUUUGUUAAUUUGAUCAUCAGUACAUUACUAAAUUUAAAUUAGUCCAUUAAAUCAGAAAAUUGUGGGGAGGAUAAACUUUUUUUAAAAAAGAAAGUGUGUACAGUAUUAUUCAGCAAAGGUGUUUUCAUAUUGCUGCCAAGAUAUCAAGGUAGCCCUCACAUAUUCAUGAGGUGGAAAAACGAAAAACAAAGAAAUGUUUUGGCAUACUCUGCAUUAUGCAUCAGAACAUAAUGCCAUAUCAAAAUAUUCAUUAAUCUAGCCCUGCAUGGAAUGGUACAGAAUUGUUUUAUAAACUGUGCUGUCAGUUGUCACAAUCGCGACUGUUUGACCUUGUUUUUUUUUUAAGCAUACAGUGCAAUAUCUGCUGAGGUGUAAGUGUACAUUUUACAUUUGAUGUUACAGUCCUCCUGUAGUUGUGUUAAAAUGAACCAUUUGUAUAAUGGGCAGUAUUGCUGGAAGAAAUCAUGAUUCAUGGUCAGUGAAACUAGAGGCAUGCACAUGAUUUAAAUAAACACCAAACUUGGAUGUGCAGCCAAACAAAUGAAAUAUGUUAAUGAGACGAUGUGUGGAAUGAACUCAAGAGUUAUUCCUCAUUGUGAUUUGAUGGGAUUCUUUCUGUUCCCCCUGUGUACCUGUGAGAAAAAGAGAUGAAAUCAGAACUUGUAAGAGUUUAUCACCAGUGAUCUUUUGAGUUGUACAUUGUGUUUGAUAUUUUUGGGCAGGCAUGUGUGUGCACGACUGUAAGCAAGUGAACCAGCAGGAACAGUUCAUAUCCAUAUUAUUUGAGUCAUACUUUUAGAGUGUCCCUCCUGCAUUUAUGUUUGUACAUAUUUUAGAAAUCCAAACAGCUUUAGAAGCAGGUGUGUACUCGACCUUUCCCUUCAGUACCACAGCUGUCAGGAAGUCUAAUCAAACGCCUGUUGCCAACAGUUCUUAGCUUCUGUUCAUUUGUUGCUUUGUGCAUUAAUUGGAUCCAAUGUGUAACAGCUUUGUUGUGGUGAUAAUGUUGACUUAUCAACAUUGUGAUAUUAGUGGUUGGAGUUACAUUAUUGACAUGCUUAACAGUUCAGUUGUAAAUUUGCUCGUCACAUUGUCCAUCAUAGUCAUGGCAGCAAGGAAGAGAAGACCGGAAUUAGCAGUUGUGGAUUGUUUGUGGAGCAGGUAUCUCCAUUCAUGACACACUGUUAGUUACAAGAGCAUGGGAGUCUUAAUAAAUGCUGUCUAUGUUAAGACAUGACUGGUUAACUUAAGCUUGUAGGUUUGUAGAAGAUUGUUGACCAGAGUACACACAGUGGAAGAAAACAGAGAUGGUGGUCUUUAGAUGUUUGAUGUGUGCUGAAGGGUUUCCUGUCUCUGGUACAUUUGAGAGGUCGGCUGGGAGAUAGGGGUAACAAUCUUCUUCACUCAAGACAUUCUCCAGGUGUUAAAAUAUAGCUACAUGCAUUGAAAUAGACAUCCACAACAGUUUUGGUACCUUCAAGGGAAAUAUCAGGAACAAGCUGGUGAUUUACAAUUACUGUCUGAUUUUCUUUCCCCUUUCCUGUGUUGAAUGUUAUGUGCCUUUUGUUAGCAGAUCUCUGGCUUCUUAACUUUGUGAUUGUUCAUAGCAUCUUUCUAGACAGCAGUUGUUGACGGUGAUUACUAGUCGGUCAUAAACUUUGUUUCCCUUAAUUUGAUUGCACAGUCCAUGCCAUGCAUCAGUGACUCUCCUCACCCACCCAGUCCUGAUAACUUUUGUACUGGGAAAAGCUACUUUUUCUGUAGGUCACAAUAAGACUCUAAAUGGUCAGCAUGAAAAUGGCGUAAGCUAAUGUAGCUCCAUUGUGCUAUGCAUUGUGGGAUGCCAUCUUUUGGCUUGUUUCUCAGUUCUUAGCAAUCACAGGACAUGUGAAAGUUUCAAUGAACUGUGAAGAUGGUAGUAUGAAUGAUCAACUUGCAGGUUUCAUUUGAAAUUGCGUAAGCAGUGUAAAAUUGGCAUGGCGCUAGGCACUCCUUUUCUUUUUAUCUUUGCUUGCUGCAUGACUUGAGACUUUAUUGUCUGCUUGCAAGAUCUUGUCAGACUAAGAUUUCAUUCUCUCUUGUAAGAACAUUGAACUUAAAAUGCUUGUAUCAUAAAACUUUUCUCUUGUAUCACUAACUGUAUUUUGUGAUGAAAUUAUCCAUGAUUGUUGUACAAAAAUAAGAAUGUUGUACUGUUGCUGAACUACCCUUUUUAGACAUGUUUAAGAUUCUCUCAUCUUUUCUUGGAGGACAAAUUUUUUUGGGGUGGCAUGCUUCCUGUUGUAGAUCUUGUUUUCAUUCACUUGUUCUUGUCUACAUCUGGUAGAUGGCAGAAACAUACAUGCAUAUAUACACAUGCUGUCAUACAGUUCCUCAGAAUCAACAGUAAUAUGGGUAAUUGGCUCAUUAAUGUGGGUAAUUGGCAUGAAAGAGUGUGUAGUGCUUGUCAGGGACAGAAACUAUGAUUAUGGUGUAAUGUUGGCAUGACUGUAAAUUAAAAUUAUUUUAAAUAAUAAAUAAGUCACGAGUUUCAUGCAAUAAAACAUUGUAUGUGGUCUUGCUAA